AGCGCUAGCGGCAGAGGGUCAUGGUCGUGGUAGUGGUAGUGGAAGUAGUGUGGAAUAGUGUGGUAGUGGUAGGAGGGGUAUUAGCAGGAGCAUUAGUAUGUAGGGGGAGGUGUCGUCCUCCUCCUCCUUCUCCUCCUCCUCCUGCUCCGCCUCCUCCUCCUCCUCCCCCGCCUCCUCCUCCUCCUCCUUGUCGUCGUCGUAGUAGUAGGAUGGGUAGUAGAGAUAGUAAGAGUAUAUAGUAGGAGGCAGUAGCAGUGGCAGCUGCGGAGCAGUAGCUGUAGCAACAGCAGCUGUGCUAGAACUAUAACCACCUCCCUGUCACCAAGAAAUGUCAACUAUCUUCUCAUCUCUAAAAUACUUGACGCAUUUCCCAAAUCAAGCCCCUACUCUUCCACAUUUCCACUCACUACGCAAGCCAACUUUGACACCCACUUCUCUUGAUUGAGAGCAUGCACUGUAAUUCAGCAGGCUUUGCUCCUGAGAUAUGAUGUCAGUCGACUUAUUGCUCACGAUGAAGUGAUCUUUUGAACGAACCGCCUUGCUGUUUUGCUGCAGUUGUAGUAAAUUCGUUCGCCAUGAGUUGCUUUGCCUUGCGUGUCAGCUAGAAACCGUGGCUGAGGGCGCUUUGCAGGCAUGUCUGGGGAGGAGCGGGAUGUGCCAAAACAAUCCCAGGCAUAUCCAAACCCUCGUGAAGGGCUUGCAGCCGAAAAGAUAGCCAUGGAGGAGCGACCAGCGCCAUGCAUGCAUGACCUUCCGUUGCGUCAGUACCUGGACACGUAUGUAGUUCCUACGUUGCUGCCUGGGAUGAACGCAGUUGCAGAGGCUCGCCCGGAAAAUCCGGUGGAAUGGUUGGCCUACUAUUUGCUCAAGAACAACACCGCUGGUAAAAAAGCGGAUGACAAGAAGGCUGAAGAUCCUCCACCUGAGUCAUGACUGGCUUAACCUUGACAGCUCGAAAGGUCUUGCCGCACUUGCCGCAUGCAGUCUUGGAAGUACCCUCGUUGCGGCAUUCCUUUUGUUGCGGUCUUUUUUCGCUCAUGUUGCACCAUGUUGCGCUUUGAGUUUCACAUUUCAGCUUCGGAAGCAACAGGCAAAGCUUCGAUACACGUUGACAGACUGCAAAGCGGCUCACAGCGUAGAUGAUUGUCCCGGAAUGGUCGUCCUGGAUGCAGAAUUAUGCUUGCUGGCACCGCCAGAUGAUGAAGAGGAAGAGCGGAGGGCGCAAAGAGCCUCAAAACUGCUUGAUCCGGUAGAACACUUGGAACAGUGGCGUGUGAUUUGCAUUGAUUUCCAUCGCUUUCGGGCAAAGUGUCCAGACAAGUGUAAGGAGCUUAUUCGGCAAGGAAUUCCUGAAUUUCUGCGAGGUUCAGUGUGGCAGAAGUUGGCACUGUCACGGGAACUGCUUCACAAACAUCCAAAGGACAUUUAUGAGCAGAUGCGGCGUGUACAGACAGCCCCGUGUGAAGGUGAUAUUGUCAGAGACAUAAAUCGGACAUUUCCCAAGCACGUUCUCUACAGAGACAAGCAGGGUCUUGGACAGCAACAGCUUUUGAAUGUGCUUCGGGCCUAUUCCAUUUUUAACGCAGAGGUUGGAUACUGCCAAGGCAUGGGCUUCAUAUGUGGUGUGUUGCUCAUGUACAUGGGUGAAGACGAUGCUUUUCUCAUGCUAAUCUCUUUGCUGGAGAACUACCGCAUGGCUGGCCUCUUCAUGCCAAACCUCCCGCUCUUGAACAAGUACUUUUUCCAACUUCAAAGAUUGCUUGAGAUCAACCUGCCUCUUUUGCAUGAGCAUCUCACAGAACAAGGUGUUGAACCUACAAUGUAUGCAUCUCAAUGGUUCAUGACUGUUUGCAUCUACAACUUUCCCUUCUCUACUGUGGUGCGAGUCUGGGACAUCUUCCUUGCAGAAGGGGUCAAAAUAAUUUUUCGCAUCGCCCUGGCUUUACUCAAGUUGAAUCAGGAAGCCCUGCUACAUCAGUCCUUCGAGCAGAUCCUGCAGACCCUGAAACAGGCCCCAAGUGCUGUCGAGUCAGAAGUGCUCAUCAAAACCGCUCUGAACAUCAAGCUCAAGAAUAAGACCCUGAAAGACAUAGAGUCAGAAUGGCUUUCACAAAUGUCACCUGGCCUUUAGCCACUUUACACCUUUUGAAGCCUGGGGUGCUUUGAGUCCGGCCAAAUAGCGCAAGUACAAAGACUGCUUGUACAAAGGGCUUCAGGGCUUGUACAAAGAUCGGUUGCAAGUCACGACUUACAAAAUGAGAAGUCUUGCAACGUACAUCCUGCUUCAUGGAUUCGAAUCCAUUGAAUGACAAUCUCUGUCUAUUUUCAUAGGUCCUUUUCUAUUUGGCUUUUGUAUCGGACAGACCUAUAGCCUUUUGACCCAGGUAUAGACCUGCGCCUUGCAAAGUUAUUUACGGUCCCCUCACUGAAAACUCUUCAAGAAGGACAUUUGACGCUCCAAAGUGAUAAAUCGAUUGGGAAUCUGGAGGUAUAGUGCUAAAUACCAUGCCAGGUACUUCCAGUGAGUAGGGAAUCUGGAGGAAGAAUCAAGGACCACAAGUUGAUGAGCCCAGCUGUGAGCAGCUGGCUGCUUCAAUGCUCUCUCCCGAUCCCGAUUGUAUAGGUGUUUGUCCGACUGUCCUUCCCGCUGGGGUGUUUUUUGUUCACGCAGAUAUCAACUGUUCCCUUUAUUAUAUGUUCCCGCAGUCGUGGACAGGUCUUUUCCCGGCUUUUUGUGGAGAUUUGGACCAAUCAUGUUUGCUCCCUGUGUUUUGUUUCUACAGAUUGCACAGCUCUUUUCCUGGUGUGGUGUGGAUUCGUUUCUUUCCCCUUUGUGGUAUGUUUCGAGGAAUGGGAUGGAAUGGGUGUUUUUGGUUCCGGCAAGGCUGUUUUUUGUUAUGCAUUGGUGUUUAUGCUCCCCAGGAACAGUUCUUUUCUUCUGGAAUGGCUUUUAAGGUUCGGGACAAGGUAUUGAUUGUUCCAGAAAAAGGACUAUGACGGGCAUGC